GUCGCGCCGCUGAUCCGGCGAGGUUAAGAGCCUAGCGGGGAUCAUAGUCCGGAGUCCCGUGUGUGGCGAGGCAGUCGCGCCAUGUCACCCCCCGCGCGCUGCCUGCUGCUGCUGCUGCUGCUGCUGCUGCUGCUGCUGCUGCUCGGCGCCUCAGCUGCCGGCGCGGGCGGCCCGCGACUAGCGAGGCUGCGCUACGACCUCUGGCGCACAGACAGCCCGGGCCGCGUAGACAGACACUCGCUGCGCCUCGUCGUGGCCUCCGGCACCGCCUUCUACGACGUCAUGCUGCUGGCCGCCAACCUCAGCCGAGCCUACAGGUUCGAGGCGGAGAUGGUGAACGGGGCCAAGUACGUGAACAGCAUCGGCGGUCGGACGAAGAACGAGGAGCAGAAGAAGCACUGGAUGUUCUACAAGCUGCAGUCGGCGCCGAACCCCGCCAAGCCGCCACCAGACAUCCUGCUUACCCCCAAAGGUAUCAAUGGGGUGUUUGUAUCGGACAGAGACAUCUACCUCUUCUGGUUCAAGAAUGUCACGUGGGCAUAAACUACCCUUGAAGUGCCAACAUUAGCCAGAGGAACUGUUUCACACCAACUACGGCAUUUUUGUUGUGCUUACCAAGUUUUUUUUAUAAAAAUUUUUUCAUCUGAAUUUAAACUGAAGAAACAACAAAACUAUCAUCAUUUUCCAACCAUCAAAGAAACCCAUUCACUAAUUUAAAAAAAAAAAGCUUUUUUUUAACAAUAUUUAAUUAAAUUUUCUUUUUGAUAAUUACAUGGGUAUGCUUUAUAAUAAAGCUAAAAUGUUCUUCUAUUGUGUGUUUUUUAAGUGUUAAAAUCAAACCACACAAAUAACAUUUCGUAACACAAUACAGAUAAUGCAUUUUUAACACAUCAAUACCAUUAAUCUUCAUCAAAACUAGUAUAAUUAAGUUGCAAACACAUCUGAUGACAGCUAUAUUUGUACUUAGUAAUCUCAAAUCCUUAAACUUUAAACUGGCUCACAAAAGCAUUACGUCAAAACAAAUUCAAAACAAUUUAUGGCAUAAUUAUAUGGCAAGAUAAAAGUCAUGUUGCUACACUUCUGUAAACAAUGAUGGCAAUAAAAUAAAAUAAGAAAUUUAUACAAACAAAUACA